UAAGAAGCCAUUUUUUCCCACUACUCUCCUGCCCCCCUCUCUCUCUCUUUAGUUUCUCCACAAAACCUCCAUAGUUGGCGAUCCAUAAUGUAGCUCACAUCAAGAUGGGAAGAAGAACACACACAAACCCUAAAUCUUACACUCUCCCUUCUUCCCCUACCCGCUCUCUUUCUUCUUCUUCCUCUUCCGAUUUCGAAUUCACCAUUGCCCUUUCUCCACGUAGUCGGAAAUCUAAUACUAACAUAUGCCCGGCUGACGAACUUUUCUACAAAGGCCAGCUCCUUCCACUCCACCAAUCCCCACGUUUGUCUAUGGUUCGCACUCUCCUUCUGGCCUCUUCCUCGACCUCUUCCAGCUCUGAUACCACGACCACUGCUUCUCGUGAUUCCACAGGAAGCCGUGGUAGCUCCAAUGACUCGCAGUAUUCGUACUCGAGUGGUGACCUCGUCCUCCUCCCCGAAGGAUGUGACUCUUCUCGACCUAGUUCUGUUGCGGAGGAGGACGAGUUCAAGCGUCUUAGCAACUCGAUAAAUAACAUUAUCCCUUGUGGCACUACAGGGGCUUCCUCUAUCAAGAAAGGUACUAAUAAGUACUUGAACUUUUCGCUCCCGAGAUUCUCUUCCGUGUUCCGCAAGGAAUCUAAUAAGAACAACCGGAAUAUUAAUGAUUCUGAUGGGAUCUCAGGAACUCUGCCUGCUCAGACUUCCUCAGUGAGGCGGAUGAGUACGUCUGCUCGAGAAGUCAUACGUAAGUACUUGAAAAAGGUCAAGCCUUUGUACGAGAAAUUAUCCCAAAAGCCUUCAGAGAAAAUUAUGGUAUCGUCAAGUACUGUGACAUUAUGCAAAAAUAGAGAGAAUAUUGGUAUCAAAGAAAACACUCAAAAUACAACAAUUUCACAUUCUUUUUCGGGGAAUUUGAGGUAUCCUAGGAGGAGAAGCUACGUGUCAAGCUGUCCAUCGUCGAUGAGAUCAUCACCAAGUCAUUCUGGUAUCCUUAGUAGGAGUGGGUUCAACACGCCAACCAAUAAGACGACGACAGGUGGAAUUGGUUCAUCAGAUGCAUCAACGAUGGAGGAGCUACAAAAUGCAAUUCAAGGUGCUAUUGCACAUUGCAAAAAUUCCAUGCUUCAGAGUCACAGCGCUACUUAAUAAGAACUUGGGUCAGUAAUGAAAUUUAAUUAACAAGUUUUAGUGUUUUUUUCCCAAGGUAAAUAAGGAAAAAAAGAUCAAGAGUUUUUGUGUUUGCUAGUUAAUUAGUCAUUGGAUCUAAAGGGUUUUAUUUUAUUUAGUGGGUUAUUUGACUGAUGAAGACGAGGAAUUUAACCUUUUUGUUGUUUUUUUGUCCUUCUGUUUCAUUAUAGUUUUAACCUAGCCGUUGUGUCUUGAUCUAAGUUUUAAUGAGUUGCAUGUGAUGUUAUUAAUGGAUCACUCAUUUGGAUUUUUCUA